AUGAAGGAAGGAAAAGGAAAAUUCGAUUAUAAAAAUGAGAAAAUAUAUGUAAUUUAUGAUGAAAUAUAUGAUAUAUAUAUAAAGGAGAAAAAGAAAAAAAAUUAUUAUUGUAAAAUUUUAAGAUUCCUUGAUCCAUCAGUAUUAAUAUUAAAAAUAUUAAGUGAAAUUUAUAAUUUAAACGAUAUGAUAGAGUACGUUUCUUGCAGCUCUUUUCAAAUGGUAAUGACACAUACUUACAUUAAUGGAGAAAAAAAAAGUAUUUAUGAAACAUUGCUAAUUUUAUAUUCAAUAAAUAAAAGUAAAUUAGAAAUAAAUAAUUAUAUAUUUAAUAAUUCUUUAAUAGAAAAUAUAGAUGAUGAUACUAUAAACUUAAACUUGUAUUAUAUUUUAAAUGAAUUUAAUGACAUAUAUGAAUACUUUUUAAUUUUAUAUAAAAAUUGUUAUGAAAAUUAUACUAGAAAAUUUUUUAUAAAUAAAGAUUACAAUUUAAUAAAAGGAUAUAUCAAACUACAAGCAUUAAAGAAUUAUGUAUCGAAGAAAUAUAAAAAUGUAUCAUUUGAUACAAUAUUAAAUAAAUUUAUUAAAUUAUUGAUUUUUUUCACAAAAAUAAAGAACGAUUAUAUACAAAUAGAAUGUGUUAUAUUUUAUGUGUAUUUCUAUAUUUUUUUAAAUAUACCUAUAUAUUUAUAUCCUUGGAAUAAUAUUAGUGAUCAGCUAAAUAAAAGAAUAUUCAAUGACGGGAAUGUCAACAUGAUAGCUAAUAUAAUUGAAAAAAAUAAAAACAAUUUUUUUUCUCUUAUUUUAAAUAGAACAGUAGAAACAAAUAAGUAUUACGAAACUUAUGACUUUAAUAUAGCUUUAUUUAUCAAUAACGAAUAUGAAAAACAUGAUGAUAUUUCAUUAAAUCAAGAUGAAAUUGUAUCUGGAGAUUUAUACAUUAAUAUGCUAAGUAAAAAUAAAGAACAUUUCAUUAACUUGAAUGAAUAUAAUUUAUUAAAAGAUAUAGGCUAUAAUUCUUUAAAACAAUUUUAUAUACCUCAUUUUUAUUAUUUGACAAUUUUAAAAAAAAUGUUCGUGUUUAAUAAAAAAAUGCAAAUAAUGCAACAUUUAUUCCAUGUUUUAAUAAAAUAUUUAAUUAAUAUGGACAAAUAUUAUAAAAAUAACAUAAAAAAAGUAAAUAAAGUAAUUACUUAA